GUUGAAGACGUAGCCGCCGAGUGUCAACAUCCAUGUGAAAUGCGCCCAACUCAACAAAGCGCGGUUCCGUUUCUUAACACAAAAUGAAUCCCAAUGACAUCCCUACACUGCAGGAAGCAGUCCUGAUCGAGGAUCCGGGCCUCGACGCAAGGGUCGUGGUCCGCGAAGAUGUACCUGUGGGAGCUCCCGGCCUGUACGAAGUACUUGUUCAACUCAGCUUCACGGGGGUUUGUGGAUCAGAAGUCCGGGCUCUCCGCGGCUGGGGCUCGUACGACCCGAUCGUGGGCCACGAAGGCAUCGGCAGUGUCGUCAAGCUUGGCGGUCACGUCCCCGAGUCUCUUUUGGGGCGAAAAGUCGGAGUAAAGUGGCUGUACAGGGCCUGCGGCGAAUGCUCUGUCUGCGUCCGCGGGUUCUCCAACAAUUGCCCGAAGCAGUUGAACACGGGAAAACAACGACCGGGAACGCUGCAGCAGUACGUCGUUGCCGAUUCGCGGUAUCUGACCCCGAUACCGCGGGGCAUCAGCGACGAAGAGGCGGCACCGUUGCUUUGCGCGGGUCUCACCAUGAUGGGCGCAGUCUCGAUGCUGGACAACGACCUGUCUCGUCGUGAUUGGGUCGUCAUCCAAGGCGCGGGAGGAGGGCUCGGCCAUCUUGGUGUGCAAAUCGCGUCCAGGAUGAGAGGGCUUCGCGUCAUUGCGGUGGAUACUGGGCAUGAGAAGCGGACGUUCACGGAGACCCUAGGAGCAGAAGCCUACAUCGACUACGAAGCUGAUGAUGUGGAGAGAGCGGUUAUAGACUUGACUGGGGAGGGAGCUCACGCCGUUAUUGUCGUCCCCGGGUCUGAGGACGCUUAUAAGAUUGCCCCCAAACUGGUGAGGUCCAUGGGCACGGUUGUUUGCGUCGGCUUACCACACAAUGAUUUCCAACUCCCGAUUUCGAUCACUAAAUGCGCCAUCAAAGCUUUGACGAUCAAAGGCGCCAUGGUGGGCACGGAGGAGCAAAUGUCCGAGUUGCUUCAAGCAGCGAGUAAAGGAAUUGUACGGGCAAUCGUGGAACCGUUCAAGUUCUCUGACGUCCCAGAUAUUUUAGAUCGGCUUGCGAGAGAGCAGAUACUUGGGAGGGCCGUCGUCCGCUGUCUCUGAGACAGUUUGCUUGUUUCAAGACUCGUUCUUUCUUUCUAUAUUUGCUCUCCCGUUUCCCUCUCCUUCACGAACACUUAAAUAGCCUCAAAGAUGAUACAAUUAGUAGAUGGCACUGGGUGUUAUAAACUCCGCCUAUGAGUAGUCCAACGAACACUGUGGCCUGAAUGCAGUCAACUGAGAGAUGAAAUGUGAUAUCGAUC